AUGGAGGGGCCAGUGUUGGGGAUUGCAGAUGUUACAAGACCAUUUGAAGUUGAGACAGAUGAGUCAGACUUUGUCCUGGGAGGAGUGCUUCUCCAAGACGGUCAUCUCAUUGCAUAUGAGACCAUCAAGGAGAAUUUACAGAAUGAUCCAGCUGCCCAAGCGAUAAUUCAGUUGGCCAAUGAAGGGAAGACUCGACAGUUUUGGGUGGAGAACGACAUUCUCUUCACAAAAGAAUCCAAUUUGAACAUCUCUUCGAGUUAUCACCCACAGACAAACGGACAGACAAAGCGCUUCAAUAGUGUGCUAGAAGAGUACCUCCGCCAUUUUAUUGAUGCUCGGCAAAAGAACUGGAUCCAGAUGCUCGACGUAGCUCAGUUAUGUUUCAAUUGUCAAAAGAGCACCACCACAGGAAGAACCCCUUUCGAAAUCGUGUGUGGGCGACAACCUGUGUUGCCUCAUGUUGUUGACCAUCCUUAUGUGGGAAAGAGUCCUCAAGCUUACAACUUCACCAAGGAAUGGUGUCAGUCCAUUGAAGUGGCCCAAGCAUACCUCGAGAAGGCAUCUAAACACAUGAAAAAGUGGGCAGACAAAAAGAGAAGACCUUUAGAAUUCCAAGCAGGAUAUCAAGUCCUUGUGAAGUUGAGACCUGAACAACUUCGUUUCCAGGUGAUCCACGUGAGCAACCUGAAGCCUUACCAUCAAGACACCGUUGACCCUACACGAAAUGAGAUAACUCGUCCAGCAAUCAUGUUGACAAACAAGGUUGACAAAGAAGUUGAGUCAAUCCUCGCUGAAAGAACACGCCGAGUAGAAAGUCCACGAAGGGACAUACAGGAAUUCUUAGUCAAGUGGAAAGGGCUCCCAGAUGAAGAGAUCCGUUGGGAGCAUACUGAAGACCUGAAGACAACUGUAGCAGCGAUUGAAGAGUUCGAGCAGCGACGGUUGACAGGGACGUCAACUAUUUAA